UGGAGGAGGGAGAGGUGGGGAAGGCCGGCGGGCGGCCAAGGCGCCAGUUUGAGACAAGGAGUGACGGUAUUAGGAGAGUGGCCGUGUGCUGCUGGUGCCUUAUUUAACAUGGAUUUACGCUGGUCAGGACGGUGACACGGGCCGCGGCUGCCUGUGAGUGCUGGUGUAAGCUUGGUGUCUGGCUGAGAGUGCCAGCUGUGGCCUGGAGCUGCUGAGAACUGCCAUCAACACUACAAUACUGCUACGCCUGGCCGCCCUCAACCAGCCGUACACCGGAGACAUGAGGGGCGUGACGGGCGUGGACUACACCUGCUAUCGUGAGGCGCGGCGGGCGGGGCUGAGCGGAACCUUUAGGGCUUUCCUCACCUCCAGGAUCCAGAACCUUGACUCUAUUGUUAGGAGAGACGACGCUAACUUACCUGUCGUCAAUAUUAAGGGGGAGGUUCUCUUCAACACCUGGCGCGGGAUAUUCUCAGGUGAUGGCGGUCGCUUCAUGCAGAAACCGAGAAUAUUCAGCUUCGAUGGCAAGGAAGUACUGACGAGCCCUGAGUGGCCACAGAAAUACAUAUGGCACGGAUCUGACAUUGAUGGGGGAGAGCCUUGUCCUCUUUCUGCGACGCUUGGCACAGUGACUCAAGGGACGUGGUUGGGCUGGCGUCCUCUCUCCAACAAAACCACCUCUUGUCGCAGGAGAAACACGGCUGCCACAACUCCUUCAUUGUGCUGUGUAUUGAAGCCACAAGUCACGCGUACAAGAGCUCUGGGGGAAGGAGGAGAAGACACGCAGGAAAGGCGGAGCAGGAUAUGAGUGAAGAAGAAUAUUUUGAAGUGCUGAGUGCUUUAGAAGACGUGUGAAAAGGGUCGUGUGUGGUUUUAUGGAAGAUUUAGCUAAGGAGAUGUGUGAAGUGUCUAUUGUGUUUUGUAUAGGUGUGCGGGAAGGUAAGGGUGAGUUUUUUGGGUUGGUUUUGUGUGGUUAUUGAAAGAAGGUCAAGAGAAGGAAAGAAUGUCUAGCUCUCUCUCUCUCUCUCUCUCUCUCUCUCUCUCUCUCUCUCUCUCUCU